CUCGGUGGCGUCAACAUCGCGAGUGUCUCAAAUAAAACUAAUAACACCACCAUGGGCUUGGUCGGGGUUCAAAAUGAUAUUAAAAUAUUAUUUUAUAUUGUGAACUCAAUUAUUGGGUUAGUCCCCGGAUUUCUGACGUUAUCCUACGGCGUGGCGUUUGGAGUCAACUUCGGGAUGCAAUUCGGACCGUUCCCCUUAGUUCUCAUAGUGGCUGGGGUCAUUGUGCUUGGCGCCACCGCGCUCGGAUACUACGGGGCCAUCAAGGAACACAGAAUAACGCUUUACAUUUAUUCCGGUCUAUCGGCACUGGCAGCGGUGGGGGACCUCGUGACGUAUGUGGUGAUGGAGCCUACGAACCCCAGGAUGGACCCUACACUGCUGGCUACGCCGCUCGUGCAUCUUGGCCUAUCGUUACUGGCGCUAGGACUGGCUGUUACCCUAGCCAGACGAGAUCGCAACGAUAUCAGCUACGAGUAGAAGUGUUUACACACUGUCCGAUCCGAUGUCGGAUGUCGGAUGAUCUUUAGAGAAAAGCAGCUGCUUAAGUGCCCGAUAGCAUAGUGUUUCUUUUUUGGUUUCAGGUUACCUUUUGAAU